CAGUAGUCGAUUCAAUUCUGCCUUAUAACCUGCCGCCGCGCUGUAAACAUUGACAUUAGCCACAUAUUUAUUAGAAAAUAACAAAUAAACAAAAUGUCACCGAAUUUGGACGAUGAUCCCAAAACCGUGGUGUACCAUAGUUUACCAUGGGUAGAAAAAUAUCGUCCAAAUACUUUGAACGAUCUCAUUUCGCACGAAGAAAUCAUAAAAACUAUCAAUAAAUUCAUCGAUGAAGAUCAGUUACCACAUUUGUUAUUGUAUGGACCUCCUGGAACUGGUAAAACUAGUACUAUAUUGGCAUGUGCCAAAAAACUUUACACCCCUCAACAGUUUAGAUCAAUGGUACUGGAACUAAAUGCUUCUGAUGACAGAGGUAUUGGUAUUGUUAGAGGACCAAUAUUAAAUUUUGCUAGCACAACUACUAUUUACAGAUCAGGUUUCAAGCUUAUCAUUCUUGAUGAAGCUGACGCAAUGACAAAUGAUGCACAAAAUGCAUUGAGGAGAAUUAUUGAAAAGUAUACAGACAAUGUCAGAUUUUGUAUUAUAUGUAAUUAUUUGAGCAGAAUUAUACCAGCACUUCAGUCCCGUUGUACAAAGUUUAGGUUUGGACCUCUAGGUGCUGAACAAAUUUUGCCACGUUUAGAAUUUGUUGUCAAAGAAGAAAAUGUCAAAAUCACUGAAGAUGGCAAAAAAGCACUAAUGACCUUGAGUGAUGGUGAUAUGAGAAGAGUAAUUAACACCUUGCAAAGUACUUGGUUGGCAUAUGGCAAUGUAACUGAACAAAAUGUAUAUUCAUGUGUUGGUCAUCCUUUACCAGUGGAUAUUAAAAAUAUACUCAAUUGGCUUUUGAAUGAAUCUUAUGAAUAUGCUUAUAGCAAAAUUCAAGAUUUGAAAACUAAAAAAGGGCUUGCUCUGCAAGAUAUUUUAACAGAACUGCAAGUUUUGGUGAAUCAAAUCGAUUUUCCUGAUAAUAUACUUAUUGAUCUUAUUGUUAAAAUGGCUGAAAUAGAAAAAAGGGUUCUUUGUGGCUGCAAUGAAACUGUUCAAUUAAAUUCUUUAGUUGCUGCAUUUAUGAAGCCUCGUGAAAUGGAAAUACCUAAAGAUGAUUAAUUAUAAAUUGUAUGAGGUAUUGCAAGUAGUAUUAAGUUUUUCAAUUGUUUUUAAAAAAAAAGAAAUAAAACAAAAUAUUUUGUUGCAAAAUUA